UUAACCUCGAACACACGCCAUUAUCGAAGUGCGGUGAUGGAAAGGGGAAACAACCGCCCACCACCAGAGGAGCCUCCAGAUGCUACUCCUCGUGGCAGGAAGAGAGGGAUCUCCGCCCUACUGGAAGAUGUUACUAACACUGGUCAUCUGGAGUAUAGAAUGUCAGCAUUGAAGGCAAAGAGGGCUCUGAAAAGCCAGAAUAGUGUUCAGGCUGCAUGAGGCAAUCCUGCACGAGGAGGAAAACUUCGACAGGGUCAAACUGUGAGUGUGGCUGAACAUGAAUCAGUACAUUUACUCAAUUUGGUACAUGAC